AUGGAAACCUUGCCGAACAUUAAAGAACUCAUAAAGGAGAAACCAUAUCAAUGCAUUGAGUAUGAAAAGAGCUUCACUCAGAGUUCACAUCUUACUUUACAUCAAAGAACCCACACAGGGGAAAAACCAUAUAAAUGCAUGGAGUGUGCAAAGUGCUUCAGUGAUAGUAAAACACUUACUAUUCAUCAGAGAACCCACACAGGAGAGAAACCAUAUAAAUGCAUGGAGUGUGGAAAGAAUUUCAAUCAGCGCUCAAAACGUAGUAUUCAUCAAAGAACUCAUACAGGAGAGAAACCAUAUAAAUGCAUGGAGUGUGGAAAGAGCUUCACUCAGAGAUCACAUCUUACUUUACAUCAAAGAACGCACACAAGAGAGAAACCAUAUAAAUGCAUGGAGUGUGCAAAGUGCUUCAGUGAUAGUGGAACACUUACCAUUCAUCAGAGAACCCACACAGGAGAGAAACCAUAUAAAUGCCUGGAGUGUGGAAAGAAUUUCAGUCAGCACUCAAAACUUAGUAUUCAUCAGAGAACCCACACAGGAGAGAAACCAUAUAAAGGCAUGGAGUGUCCAAAGUGCUUCUGUGAUAGUGGAUCACUUACUAAACAUCAAAGAACCCACACAGGGGUGAAACCAUAUAAAUGCAUGGAGUGUGGAAAGAGCUUCAGUAGAAGUGGAACACUUAUCAUUCAUCAGAGAACCCAUACAGGAGAGAAACCAUAUAAAUGCAUGGAGUGUGCAAAGUGCUUCAGUGAUAGUGGGACACUUACUAAACAUCAAAUAACCCACACAGGAGAGAAACCAUAUAAAUGCAUAGAGUGUGCAAAAUGCUUCAAUUGUAGUGGAACACUUACCAUUCAUCAAAGAACUCACACAGGAGAGAAACCGUAUAAAUGCCUGGAGUGUGGAAAGAUUUUCAUUCAGAGCUCACAACUUCGUAUGUAUAAAAGAAUUCAUACAGGGGACAAACCACAUAAAUGCAUAGAAUGUGGAAAGAGCUUCACUCAGAGCUCAAAUCUUACUAGACAUCAAAGAUCUCUAUGGUGGCCUCAUUACUCAGAGUCUUCACUCAUUGGGCAGUUUGCCCCUCCCUGGCUCUCUUCUUGGUUGUGCGAUCUUCUGGCUGUGCUCAACAUCUAA